UUUAAAAUGGAUCUGUGCAAUAAAGUGAGAACGUUCGUGAACAUACAGGUAUCAAUACUAAUAUGCCUGAUAUUAAACCCAUCACCUGUGCAAAAUAUAGAAUAUUAUAAAAGAUACUACGCAAAAGAGGUACUUUUAUUAUGGAACCGGAGUGGAAUAAAGCCACUUUUCCUGAACGUCCACAAAAGUACCAAUACCUUAUUCUUCUGCUUAAGCAGACCUCAAAAUUUUGAUUCCCAAAUAGCCUUUUUAAAAUUGAACACAAAAGAAACUGAAACUAUUCAGGGAAUCAAAAAAGGAUGUGCCAACGCUAUAGAUCAAGUCAAUGAUAUAGUUUAUUUAGGAGGACUUAGAGGAAUCUACAAGUACAAUAUGGAUACGAAGAGGCCUGAAUUUUACGCUGAACCGGACGUUCAUAUAAAAUCACUGUUUUUCAAGGACCGCUUAUAUUACAUUCGGCAUCCAGAUAAGAAAGUAUUCAUAGAAUAUGAAGGUCAGUUUGCACAUAUAUCUGAAUUUGUGGAUCUAAAGGUUGACCAUUUCCUUGUCAGUAAGCAAGGAAUAGUAUAUUUUACUGUUAAGAAUAACAUUUACAUUUAUGACAAAAAUGAGACGCAAUGGGACCUCAAAGGGCUUAAAAAAAGUCAUACAGUAACUGCAAUAGGUGAGGACAAUAAUGGUUUAGUGUAUCUUUGCACAGAUCGUGGAGUGUUUACAGUUGUACAUAAUGGAAUCCAAAAGUUUAUGAACGAGAAUAAUAUUUUAGGAAUAACGACAGAUAAUAAUGAUAAUUUGAUACUUGCAGAUAAUGAUAGUAUUUUUAGAUUAUUACGAAAUGAAGUAAAGUAA